GUCCUUCUGUUCCACCCUGUGCUCUCCCCUCGUGGCCCCUCCCCCACUCCACUCCGAAGGCCAAAGGCAGGUGGUUCCAGAAGUUUCCUGACCAGCCUGGUGACAACCCACCCCCCCUGUUCUACACAUGUCCCUUCUGGGGGAUAGAGUCAUCAAUACAGUGGAGUUCCUGUUUUCCCCUGAAUUUCCUGCUUACAAUGAGCAGCUGGGAGGGCCCAGGGCAGUUCUGGAAGGACCACACCCUCAGGCGGAGGUACAAAGGGAGAGGCUGACUCUGGCCACCACUGCCCCAUCUGCUGUCACUAUGAAACCCAGCAGCCCCAUCACCUUCACGGUGCUCCUUGCCCUUGAAAUCCUCACGCCCUGGACUGCAGAAGGUACUAGCACAGAAAAAGUUAAGAGUGGAGCCUGCCCCUUCAGACCUCAUGGCCUAUGCCUUGUGUACGAGCCCCACGAAUGCCUGAAUGACUGGGAGUGUCCAAAGGAUCAGAAAUGCUGUCCCAGCAUUUGCAGCAACAAAUGCCUGGAUCCUGUAGACCCAUCGGAGCAAGUUAAGGUCAAUCCUGGGAGGUGUCCACUGGUCAUUGGCGAGUGUAAGGAGCCCAACCCCCUAGACACCUGCCUGAAUGACAGGGACUGCCUGACCGGUCUGAAGUGCUGCAAGGGGCCAUGUGGGAAUUCAUGUGUUGAGCCACUGAAAGAUACGUUCUCACCACUUCAACAAGAUUAGGACUUCCUGGUACGUGUGGUUGGAGGAUUCCUUUUCUCCCCAAACCAGAGAAAGAGGAAAGUGCCUUGAUGAAUGUGUGGCUUUGGGACCAACACCUCCAGGGGCCUAAGGUCGGGCUUGGUUUAUCUGCGUGUGCCCAGCAGCCAAUGUGAGGCUUGGCACACAAGAGGGAAAUGUCUACUGGUUCUUGAAAAAAUAAAUACACUGUUUUCUCUGCA